AUUCUCUCCCAUCCUAUCAGGUCCACGAUGCUCAUAUCCCAUCCAGUCCCUAUACUCGUAUGUGGCUGGUCACUGUAGAUGCUCCAUCCACCUCUCCUGAUCCUCAAACGGGUACGUCCGACGAUGACGAGGAGACGCGCGGUCGUAGCGAUCCACCACAGGAGCGGUUUAUCUUGUACAAAGCACUGAGUUUGGCCCGAGCCGAGGUUCUUCGAGGACGAGCAACAAGGAUCUGGCUAGCUUGGAGAGUCGAAGAUAUAGAGAAAGAACAAAAGGACCGCAAGGUCUAUGUCUUCAAGGACGCCUGGCGAGACGAGCGGCGAGGUCUCGAAGGCGAUCUUUACCGUGAAGGGCCGGGCGUCGCAAAGGUCUACUCCUACAACGUUGUUCGGAUCAAAGGACGACGAGACGAUACUCUCAAUUUCAUCCGCAGAGGCCUCAAGCCGUCCGAGAACGAUGCGCUGUUACUCACGACCGACCAGAGAGAAGCCAAGAAGAUCCUGGCGGACCAUCCAUUGAAGAGAGACCAGUAUCUUCUCCCUAGCAUCUCACAUGGCGACAUCCCGUACGAGGGUGAUAUUUUGAAGAAGGCGAAGUCGACUGGUGGGCCACACAAUCGAAUUCACACGCGUUUGAUCAUGGAGACCUACGGCCUGCCUCUUACUCGAUUCCGCUCCUUGGGUGAGAUGAUUGGCGUGUUGCGGGAUGCUAUCCAAGGCCAUCAGUUUCUGGCAAAAGAAAGUAUUCUACACAGGGAUAUCAGUCAAGGGAACAUUCUCAUCAUUCCCGAUUCGACCGAACGUGGCUAUCAUGGCGUUCUUAUCGACCUUGACUUCGCGAUCAACCUCAAAGAGCAUACUCGGGCUACAAUUGGCGACGAACGUAGCGGUACGAGAGCGUUCAUGAGCGGUGAGAUCUUGACAGGUAGACCCUAUAGUUUUCCUCCGCCGCAAUCGAAAAGCGUCCAAUUCACAGAGGAAGACGACGACAUGAUGGAGCCCAUGCCUACAACCGGACGUACAGUGAAGCACGACGCCGUCCACGACUUAGAGUCCUUUUUUUGGGUGCUCUGCUGGCUAGGCGUCAGCUACGAAGGUCCCGCAACCCGUCGUACGCACGCAUGGCCAGAAGACGAGGUCGUCCGACAGGAUUUGAAGGAUUCCAUCAAGGCCACUUUCGAGUCACUUGAUGGUGCUACUCUCGCGAGACAGAAAGGUCACCUCCUCGUCCAUGAGAAUCCCGCCUCAUCCGAGAUGUCCUCCUGGUUCCCUCCGUAUUUCCGCCCUGCUUUACGCCUCGUCGCUGCCCUUCAUGAGAUCCUCAAGGAUGCGUACUCGAAGAGGAAGUUUACCGGCGUUCACGAGCGCUUCUUGAAGCAAUUCGCAUUUGCGGAAGCCAUGCGUGUACUUCCGACUUGGCAUGACACGGAUGAGAAUUAUCGUAUCCAGGAGGAGGCGGAAGUGGAAAUGCGACAACGCGAACUGAAUGGGCCGUACACCGACGAGGACAGCUCCAUCGAGGUUUGGAAGUCGAAGGAGGAGAUACAGGCGGAUAUAGACCGCAGUCGUGCCUCCGCGAGUCGCAAACGCGGAAACGUCACCCCCGUCAAGCACGCUGGGCCGUCAUCUGGCUCUGGUCAGACACGCGCCGUCAGGUUCGAUGCUACUGCAACAGAGGACACAGUAGCUCCACCAGAUAACAGCACGUCCCGCAAAGCCUCGAAACGGAGGAGAGGAGCGGAUGACGAUACCGUCGAAGACGAUGGCGUCCACGCAUCCCCGUCGACUUCCGUAACCGGCGAAUCUUCUUCGACGGGACCUCGACGCUCUACUCGUUCGAAAACUAAGGUAGACCAAGACACUCGUACUACAGCAAGUGGAUCUCGAUCUGCGAGGGGGACGAAGCCGCCUUCAAAGAAACGCGCAAGAAGAUAGACUGUAUAGUCCACCCUUUCCGACCCCCCAGUAUCCUACUAUGCAAUGGCCUUGCUAUUUCUUCCAAUCGCUCUCAUCGCUACUCAUUCACGUAUGCUUUCGUAUCACUAUCGCUAUCUCACGCUGCCGCACCGUUGCUCUACCCACCCUGUCUGUUGCACUGAGUCUGUAUAUCACUUUGUGCAGUACUCUUUAUCGCGCUUCUACAUAUCGUGCUCCAUCGUAGCACUCGACUCCUUCUGCGUACAAAGCUCUGUCUGGUCUCAACCCUCGAAUUCAUUCAACGGCGUCCUGUACGAAUCGAAAGAAAUAUCAUUUGUCGAGCUCCUUCUCCAGG